AUGGGAGGAGGCAGUCGCUGUGCUGGUGGAGUGGAGUGGUACGACCAGGGAGAGUGGAGGACUGUGGGAGCUGAUGACAGGGACCAGAGGGAUGUAGCUGCAGUAGUGUGUAGACAGCUGGGUUGUGGCUCCACAGUUUCAGUACCACCUGGAAACACCACUAGAGGGAAAAACAUUAUCUGUUCUGGAUCUGAGCCUUCACUGAGGGAUUGUUAUAGAAUGUAUGAUCUACUUCCUGGACUCACAGUGAUCUGCUCAGAUCUCCUGGUCCAGCCUGAUAUCUUCCUGACUGACCCAAUGGGAGGGGUCUCCAGAUGCCACCAGGGGCCUGAGAUGUUCAGGGGCUACAACUUCACCAUCACCUGCUCCACUCAGCCACAGUACCCAGGAGGCUCUUUCCUCCUCACGUUCACCGGCUCCAACAGAACCCAGACCCAGCCAGCUGUCAAUCACUCUGCUGCCUUCCUCUUCCCUGCUGCAGAUGACUCCCACCAAGGGAACUACAGAUGUGUUUAUGAGACUUAUGUUUUCUCUCAUAACUUCUCCUCUGAGAGUGAGCUCCUCCCCCUCACCAUCACAGCCUCUCCUCUGCCAGCCUUCAUCAUCAGACACGUUGUAGUGCUGCUGAUCCUACUGACAACAAUCACCACCUCCUACCUGUACUACAAGCCCACCAGCAGGCAGAAGAGAGUGAACAGGGUGAGCAGCAUGGAUCUUUAUGUCAAUGCCAUGGAGAUGGUCUCUCUGAGCUCCAGAGCUGAAGAUGGACUGGGAGAGGAGAGAGCAGCCCAGGGGACGGAGUAGGAGGAGAAUGAAGCUGACCCUACAUGCUGAUCUUAGGUCAGUUUUGUGUUUUAAAUCGAUGGUCAGCAGUGGACUGAUGUUUAAAAUGUGGUGACAAACCUGAAGUGGUUUUAAUUUUAAUCACAAGUUCAGAAUUAGUUUAUCUUUCUAGUACCUUGGAAGAAAUCUAAAAGUAGUGACUGCAACCACCAUUAUUCAUUUAGUUUGGUUUUUACCACCAGAGUAACAUGGGGUUUUGGGUAACAUGGGGUUUUGGUAACAUGGGGUUUUGGGUAACAUGGGGUUUUGGUAACAUGGGGUUUGGGUGACAUGGGGUUUUUGGGUAACAUGGGGUUUUUGGGUAACAUGGGGUUUGGGUAACAUGGGAUUUUGGGUAACAUGGCGAUUUGGAUAACAUGAGAUUUGGGUAACAUGGGGUUUCGGGUAACAUGGGGUUUUGAGUAACAUGGGGUUUGGGGCAACAUGGGGUUUGGGUAACAUG